GCAUGUACUGGAGCAUGUAUCUGUGACAGAGAGAGAGAUAUCAUCAUGGCCUUGCGACUGCCAUCGCAAUUCUCCACGCCCCGCCACCGUCGCCGGGGGAGCGGCGCCGCCGCCGCCCCCGCCGCCGCAUCCGCCGGGCUCUCGUGGCGGCGCUCCCUCGCGGCGGACGCCCUCGUCUCGUCCGGCUGCUCGAGCUCGCCUCUCGCCAGCUCCCCGUCGCCGUCCCCAGGGAAAUCCCACGCUCGGCCGUUAGUCACGUGCACUGCGCAGGCACCGGCUGCUGCGAACCUUGCUCCAGGGACACCAGUUAGGCCAACUAGCAUUCUAGUGGUUGGUUCCACUGGGACACUGGGCAGGCAAGUUGUAAGACGGGCUCUAGAUGAAGGUUAUGACGUCAGAUGUCUAGUCAGGCCUCGACCAGCUCCAGCUGAUUUCCUUCGUGAUUGGGGUGCUACAGUUGUCAAUGCAGAUUUGAGCAGGCCGGAGACUAUACCUGCAACACUUGUGGGGAUUCAUACGGUUAUUGACUGUGCGACGGGGCGCCCUGAGGAACCAAUAAAGAAGGUAGAUUGGGAAGGGAAAGUUGCUCUUAUACAAUGUGCAAAAGCAAUGGGUAUCCAGAAAUACGUGUUCUAUUCCAUCCACAAUUGUGACAAGCAUCCAGAGGUUCCAUUGAUGGAGAUAAAGUACUGUACAGAGAAGUUUCUGAAAGACUCGGGCCUUAAUCAUAUUGUCAUUCGCUUAUGUGGUUUCAUGCAGGGAUUGAUUGGUCAGUAUGCAGUGCCUAUCUUGGAAGAAAAAUCAGUCUGGGGAACUGAUGCUCCAACUAGGAUUGCUUAUAUGGAUACCCAGGAUAUAGCUCGAUUGACAUUUAUAGCUUUACGCAAGGAAAAUGCGAAUGGCAAGCUCCUUACAUUUGCUGGACCUCGUGCGUGGACAACACAAGAGGUAAUAACAUUGUGUGAGAGACUUGCUGGGCAAGAUGCAAAUGUGACUACAGUUCCAGUGUCGGUCUUGAGGCUAACUCGCCAAAUAACUCGGUUUUUUGAGUGGACAAAUGACGUUGCUGACAGAUUAGCAUUUUCAGAGGUGCUUUCAAGUGAUACUGUUUUCUCUGUUCCCAUGAAUGAGACGUAUGAUAUUCUUGGGGUGGAUUCUAAGGAUAUUGUCACCCUAGAGAAGUAUUUGCAGGAUUACUUCACAAAUAUUUUGAAGAAAUUGAAAGAUCUCAAAGCACAAUCGAAGCAAACAGACAUUUUUUUCUGAAGGAGUUACAUCAAUGUGUGAGUGAAUUCUUUUCUCAUGAGAAUAGAGUUAUUGAUUAUUCGUUAUAGCACUUGCAAGCGAACAAUGCCAUCUGUUCUGGUUCCCAGCUUGUUCCUUUCCCCAUCAUUUGUGUUACCCUUGUAAGUUGUAACAUGUUCCGCAUGGUAAUUACAGAAAUCAGAUGUCUUGUUUGGCUUUCUCAUAAGGCAAGCUGAGAAGUGGUUUGCCCUAUGUAUUCUGUACUAUUCAGAUCCGAUGUGCUCUCUUGCUCAUCUUGUGUGGA